UAAAGAUAGAGAUAAAGAGGAACAAACUUGAGGGCUCAACAUAUGAAUGAGCACUCAAAGGCCAUGGAAGUGCAGCAAAUUCUUCACAUGAAUGGAGGCACUGGAGAAACUAGCUAUGCUAAGAACUCUGCUUCCCAGAGUAGGAUUAUCUCCAUGGCAAAGCCCAUAAUAGAGAAAGCCAUUUUGGAUCUCUAUUUCACUACCUUCCCUGAGGCUAUUCGAGUUGCAGACUUGGGUUGUUCAUCAGGACCAAACACCUUACUAGUUGUCUCUGAGAUCAUGAACAUCAUUGAAGAAAUAUGCCAUCAACUAGGUCGAACACCACCGGAGUUUCAUGUAUUCUUGAAUGAUCUCCCUGGAAAUGAUUUCAAUACAGUUUUCAGGUCACUGACUGCUUUCCAUGAAAAGAGAAGGAAAGACAAAGGAGAUAAGUACAGGCCAUGCUUCAUUGCAGGUGUUCCUGGUUCUUUUUAUGGAAGGCUUUUCCCAAGCAGGAGUUUACAUUUUGUGCAUUCUUCUUCUAGUCUCCAUUGGCUCUCUCAGGUUCCACCAGGACUAAAUGAGACUGUAAACAAGGGGAAGAUAUACAUUUCCAACACAAGCCCAGCUGCAGUGCAAGAGGCGUAUCUUGCACAGUUCCAGAGGGAUUUCUCUCUGUUUCUCAAGUCCAGAUCGGAAGAGUUGGUUCCAACUGGGCGUAUCGUGUUUACUGUUUUAGGCAGGACCGCUGCAGACCCUUCCUCUGAAGAGAGUUGCAUUCUAUGGGAACUCCUCGCUCAGUCUCUUAGAGACUUGGUUUCAGAGGGCCUUGUUGAAGAGCAAAAGUUGAAUUCAUUCAAUGCACCCUAUUAUGCACCCUCUUCAGAAGAGAUUGUAUCUGAGAUUCUAAAAGAUGGAUGUUUCAGCCUUGAUUGCCUUGAGGUAAUUGCAUUGGAUUGGAGUGGGGGUAUUAGCAAUGGCGAUUACUACUGCAAUAAACCAUUAUCGACAAGCCACUUCCAUAUGGCAAAAGCCAUCAGAGCUGUUGCAGAGUCGAUGCUUCAAAAUCAUUUUGGACAACAGGUCAUGGACCCUUUAUUUCAAAGAUUUGGUGAGCUGCUGGGGUCGACCAGUAGGAGUGUACAGCAUAUCAGCUUCGUGGUGUCUUUGAUUAAAAAGUAGUCGUAAAAGC